AUUAUGUGCAUGAAAAGGAGAGGACGUUGUGGCUUUGCUUGUGCUAUUAUGUCUUAUAAACAUUUUUCUUCCUCCGAAAUUACCAAAUCAGGAAAGUUUAUUAAAGUAAAGAUCACAAAAUGGUAAAAAAAAGAGUUUGACUACGAAAUGAACAUUAAUGGCCAAAACUCAGAAGAUGGGAUCAUGCAGACAGAGAAAGGUAAAUUGUUUGUAGUAGUAUUACAGCAUAAGAUUAUCAAAUAAUAACUCACAUUGAUUCACAUACAUAUAUAUUAUGGAAGAGAUAUAGAUGCAUGAUGACCUGAUAAGCCUGGCCCCAUGUAGAAGAAUAGAAAAAGUAAAGAAAAAGCGUUGACCCACACCCAAGGCUGUCUUGGGUCAUUGUCGUACAGAGCUCCUGAUAUAAAUUUUGAGUAGACCCCUCAUCACUACUUAAUAAACCCUUUUCUCUACAAACCACAUAUAUCGAUGUAACAACACCAUCAAUAUCCAUAUCCAACUCAAACAGGAGAGUUAAAGAAAGAGGCUUUAACUCGGCCAGCACCAGCAGCACUCCCAUCUAGGCCAUCUCAAAAGAAGUUAUAAAUAUAUAUAACUCUCUUUCUCUCUCUUCAUCUGUCGAAUUAGCUUAGUUGUUGUACUUGUAGUAGUGAGUGAGUGAGUGAGUGACUUGGGUUCUUAUUAUUUGUUGUUGUAUAUUAUAUUGUGAGGUGUAGAGAUAAGGUUACAGAAAUCAGUGAACUUGGUUUUAACCAAUACUUCUUCUCCACCUUUCCCAAUCAAAGUCCGGUCUUUUCACUGCUUUUAAAUAAUAUAAAUAUAUCUGUAACUUCUUUAUAUUGAUUGAAUUGAGUGAAUGAAUGUAUAAGUUUAAUAUGGUGUCAUGCCUUACAGUCUUAGCUUAAAAGAUAUUAACUUUGUUACUAUAUGUGGUAAACAAUAAUGCUCUGAAUUUAGACCUGGUUACUACUACCUUUAUUAUAGUGCCUCUUCUCCCCUUCUUCUUCCUUGUUAUUUUUGUACCCUUUGUUUUGUUCUCUUUAAUUACUUUCAUCACUCUUUUCUGUGGGCUUGUUUUAUAUUUUACAUAAAAUAACAUUUGAAGAAGAAAAGAGUAUAAAAAUUAAAAAUCCCACCUUUGGUCUGACCAUUACUUGAAGUUUGACAUGGUGGGAAGUGAGAUUCUCAUAAAAACCCAUCAUUUUGUUAGGCUUUUUCUUUCAAGUGUCAACUGAAGGAACUAAAAGUUAAAACCCCAAAAUUCAUGCCCACCAGUUUUUUCCUUGUCUUUUUCUCUCCUUCUCUGUUGUAUUCAGGGUACUAUUUUUGAAAGCCUUGAAAUUUGUGAUCUUUAUUUUGGAGUUAUUCAUUCAAGGCCAAGAGAAAAAAGUAAACUCUUUUCUUUCUUUUUAUUAUAUUUGAAAAUUUCUGUUUCUUUUUUCAUUUGAUUCAGCUUCUCAUCCUUCCUUUCCUUUGUUAGUUAUAUAAGAAGUAGUUCUGGUCUUAAGCACCAAGUAAUAGUUAGAGAGAAAUCUUUGAAAAAGUCUUAUCGCCUUUUGGAAGGUAUUGAAACAAAGCCAAGGUAGAUUCCUGAUAUUAUUCUCUCUGCCAAACUUUUAUGCUUUUUGAUUCCCAAGGAAAAUAAAAAUACCAUUUUUACAACUCUCUCUUUCCUCUGAUUUAUAUCCCUAUUUAGGUUGUAUAUAUCUCUUUCUCCUUUUUAACUUUAUUUGGGCUUUUAAAAUAGAUAAAAAAAAAACUUCCACUGUUUCAACAGUUUUUUCUUUUCUUGGUGAUACUACCAAAGCCAAAAGCCAGAAUGGAAAACUGGAAUAAUGGUGUGAUCAACAAAAGGAGUGGAAGAUCAUUAUUGAGAGAUAUUGAUCAAGAAUUUGAAGAAGAAGAGAUAUGGGGUUCAGUUAAAAAGACUGAUCAAGAUUAUUUUUCAACUACAGGAAUGAGAAAGAGCUUAGUCUCUUCUUCUUCCUCCUCCUCUGCUCCAAGAAUGAUUCCCAGAAAGCCCACAAACAAUAAUGAAGCCAAAGUAGUAGUAACUCAUCAAUCCUCAGCACCCAUGGAAAUCCCUGAUUGGUCAAAGAUUUAUGGGAAGAAUAAUGGCACCACCAUGACUAAUGGUUAUCAUGAUCAUGAUGUUUAUUAUAAUGGUGAUGAAGAUAACAAUGAUGAUGAUGAUGGAAUGGUCCCUCCACAUGAAUGGAUAGCCAGAAAGCUUGCAAGGAAUCAGAUUUCUUCAUUCUCUGUUUGUGAAGGAAUAGGAAGAACACUCAAAGGAAGAGAUCUUAGCAAGGUGAGGAAUGCUGUGUUGACAAAGACUGGUUUUUUAGAAUAACAUAUUUCAUUAUUAUAAUUAUUAUUAUUUUGUUUUGUUGAGUUGAGUUGAGUUGAGUUGGGUCCCUCUUUUACAACGUCAUCAAUAGUGGUUUUGGAUUUUGGUAUUUGGGGCUUCAAAUUAAUGAAGUUAAUUACAUUAUAUUUAUAUUUGGUAUAUGAUAUUGCCUCUACUAGUGUAGAGUACUCAAUUUCGGGUCCCAUGUUAAUUUAAGGUUCAUUAUUGUACUAAUAUAAUAUUUUAUUAGUGUACUAGAGUAGAACUAGAUUAUGUCCAUUUUAAAAAGAAAGAAAAAAAAAAUGAAAGGUAGAGUUUGGUUCUUGGCUUGGUGUUGGUGAUGGUGCUCUUAAAGAAAUGGCGGCCUCUGCAAUUUUGUCUGCUAGUGGAUUCCAUUGCACUUAUUUAUUGUUCUAGUUGUUGUAAGGUGUAGUAUGGUUUAUAAUUAUUAAUUAUUAAAAACAAUUAAUUUUUAAUUAC